AUGGAACCAGAGCCAACCAUUAUUGAUCUCCUUGCAGCUAUCACUGCCCUCACCUCCACAGUCAGGUCCUUGCAGGACCAAGUCAAAUCACAAGGCAAGCUCAUCACUCAGCUGCUUGCCAUAUGCAAGGAAACUGCCAACCCUGUUGGCAACAAGGACCAAGGGGCAACCCAAGCCAAGCCUGGCCCAUUGACUGGGCCUAUUACCCCUUCCACCCAAUCAGGAGGACAAGCCAACACUCCAAGAACAGCUAGGCCUGGGCUUAGUGCCCUGUUCCAACCAAUUAGAAGCACAGUUGGAUACAACCCAGAGGAAGAGGGGCCAAGGAGGGAGAUCAAAAAAGAGCCAUGGACUGAAUGUCCCAAAAUGGAAUUGCCAGACCCCUACAAGGGUGAUACACAAAGACAGAAAGCCACACAACAGCUUGAUUGGAUGCUCCUAUGGGUGGCCCUCCACUCCAAUCAAUUUGACAAAGAAGAACAGAUGGUGGCUGCCAAUUGGGCCCUCCCCCUCAUAAACAACAUCAUUAAGGGCAAGGGAAGCGCCCCUACAACAAUCAAGGCCCUAGGGCUCUGCUUCAAGGAAGCAUUUGCAGACCCAGACACCAAGAGAGCUGCUGCGCACAAAAUUGCUGCCCUUGUCCAGACCGCCUCAACAGCAGAAUACAUUGCUGAGUUCUGCAAUGAGGUUGCAGAGCUUGAUUGGAACAAAGAAGCAUGUAUUGCGCAAUUCACUAGGGGCCUUCAUUGGAAGGUUAAGGAACUCCUGUCCACUAAGGACAACAUCCCAGACAAUCUUGAGGCCAUAUUUGCUGCCUCAAUCAAAACUGACAAUACCCAUUGGGAAAACAAGGAGAACCACCCCAAAAAGGCAGCCAAGGCCCCAGUCACUGCAACCACUUCCACCACUACCACUCAUUGGGUCUGCCUAUCUAAGGACCCCAACUAUGUCACCCCUGAGGAACAAGAUUGCUGCCACACAGCAGGACUGUGCAUCAAGUGCAGCCAAAAUGGCCAUGGGAUCAAACAGUGCCCAAAUGGUUGGAAAGCUAUCCUAAAAGAAACAGCUAAGGUAGCUGAGUCUGAGGAGUUGGGAAAAGAAUAA